UAAUAAGUAACUACUGAUUACGUGAUACCUAAAACUAUAAUAAUUAUGUAAAUAUUAACACCACUAAAAGCAUUGACGUCUUCAUUGUUGUCGUUUUAUGGUUUCUUAUAGUACUUGGCGGGGAUAACUUUCUUAUCAUGUUCAGAUGGAGACCGGCUGCUAAGUGUGCAAUACGUAGCGCUCAUCACAUAAAUACCAAGAGAGUAAUAAGUUUCAGCUCCACUAUGACUGACAAAUUCACGCUGCCGGCCAGAUAUGGAGCUGGAGAGAAGAGCGUCUGGAUUGAAUAUAUUCAGUUAGUAGCGGAAUAUAAGCCUGCAGUGAACCUUGGCCAAGGUUUCCCGGACUACUUCCCACCAGAACAUGUCACGAAGGCCCUGGCAGAUAUCGCAACCAGUGAGAACCCACUGCUACAACAGUAUACCAGAGGAUUUGGUCACCCCCGAUUGGUGCAAAACUUAGCAAAACUAUACUCUCCCCUGGUGGGAAAGCAGUUGGAUCCAUUGAAUGAGAUAUUGGUCACCAAUGGGGCAUAUGAAGCCCUAUUUUCCGCUAUUUUAGGACAUGUGGAUAACGGUGAUGAAGUAAUAGUCAUUGAACCUUUCUUUGACUGUUAUGAGAUCAUGAUCAAGUCUGCUGGGGGUGUUCCUAAGUUUAUUGCGUUGAAACCAAAAUCAUCAUCCGGAGUUAUAACAUCAGCCGACUGGGUUUUAGACGAGAAGGAACUGUCCUCCCUCUUCAAUGAGCGAACCAAGAUGAUAAUUGUGAACACACCACACAACCCUCUCGGCAAGGUGUUCACGCAGCAGGAGUUGGAGACGAUAGCGAACCUGUGUAUAAAGCAUAAUGUGCUGUGCCUGUCAGAUGAGGUGUAUGAGUGGAUGGUGUAUGAACCGAAGAAGCAUAUUAGGAUAGCCUCAAUGCCUAAUAUGUGGGAUCGCACCAUCACAGUGGGUUCCGCCGGCAAGACCUUCUCCGUGACCGGGUGGAAGACAGGCUGGGCUUACGGGCCCGCCCAGCUCAUGAGGAACCUGCAAGUGGUGCAUCAGAACUGCGUGUAUACUUGUGCGACACCGAUACAGGAAGCCAUAGCCCGCUCCCUGGAGUUCGAGCUAGCUCGGUACGACACUCCGGAGUGCUUCUUCACAUCGCUGGCUCGGGAGCUGCUGGCGAAGCGCGACUACCUCGUCAAAGUGUUGAGGGAUAACGGGUUCAAUCCCACCGUGCCAGACGGCGGAUACUUCAUUGUGGCGGAUUGGACGAAGUUGGGCAACAAGAUAGAUCUGAGCGGCGAGCCGGACAAGUACAAGGACUAUCGGUUCACCAAGAAGUUCGCUAAAGAGGCCGGCGUGUUGGCGAUCCCGCCGUCCGCAUUCUACUCCGAGCAACACAAACAUUUGGGAGAGAAAUUCGCUAGGUUCUGUUUCAUUAAGAAAGACGAAAAUCUCGUCCUCACAGAGAAACUCAUGAAGGAAUGGAGCGCCAAAAAAGGCUGAA